GAAAUUUACCGGGUGUAAGGAUGAUUGGAAGGUUGUGAUGGUUGGUGAUGAUGAUGAGGUUCCUGUUGCUAUUGAAAAGAGGGAGCCUAAACCUAGUACUCAUGUCAAGUCUCCUUUUGUUACUGAGUUUGGUUAUUCUGAUGUUAAAGAAACUGUGAAGAGGAAGGGAGUGGAAGUGGUGAUUGUUAGAGGAUUGGUUCCAUUUGAAAAUGAAAUAGGGCAGAAUGUUUCAAAGAAUGAUUGCCUAGAUUAUAUUUCUUGGAUUGAGGAUAAAAUGAAUUUUAAGAAUAAGUAUGUUUUUUUAUAUUUUCUUUAAUAUUAUUAUUCUUGAUAUUUAAUUGUUUGUUAAUAUAUAUAUAUAUUUUGUUUUGAAGGAAGAAGAAAUUUUCUGAUGUCAAUAACAUUAUCAAUCCCCCAAUGGAUUAUUCAUUUGUUAAAAUUUCUGAGAAAAUGUGGUUUUACAAGCUUCAAACUUGUGGGGAGGAGCUUAUGGACACUCAUAUAAAUGUAUGUUUUUAUUACCUGAGGAAGAAGAUUAAGCUGGUUGAUGGUUUGAACAAGAGGGUUACAACUACAGACUCUUGGUUUGAUGCAACUAUCAAGGGUUUGUAUGAUAACUUUGUGGCAGCCAAAUGUGAUUCAAGCAUCAUUCGUUUUGAUAAUCUAAUUUCAGAUUACAUUAUUGGUGAAUAUUUGUUUUGUAACACUCCUUGGGUGGAUGUGGAUCAUGUUCUUUUUCCUGUGCAUGUGAAGGUUCAGUUGCAUUGGGUUUUUAUUCACUUUUCCAUUAAGAGUAGGAUGUUAACUGUCUACAAUUCUUUGACGGGGAAGAAGAAUGAGAGUAUUGCUUUGCCAUAUGUGAAGGCUUACUCUGUUGUUUUACCAUAUUUUCUAGAUUUUCUUGAUUUUUAUUGUUCUAGGAAAGAUUUGGACUUGAAUGUUGGUCCAUAUUCUGUUGGGAAGAAGGAUCCAAUUGAUUUUAACUUUGCCAAAGACUUGCCAUUUCAAGAGGAUAAGUAAGUAACUGGUUUUUUGUAUAUUGUUGUUUAUUUUUCUAUUUUGUUUGUUUUUAAGUAAUUUCAUAUUCUGUUUUUUGUGUUUUUUGUUUUUUUUUUUUGCAGUGAUUGUGGAGUAUUUGUUAUCAAGUAUGCUGAUUUGUUUAUUCAUGGGAAGAUUGAUGACAUCCCGAAGAACAUGGCUGCCAAAAUUGCUACCUAUCGUGAUUAUCUUGCCAUUAACUUGUAUAGUCAUGCAAAAAAGAAGCAGAUUGGUGGGUACAAGACAGAAGAUGAUGCUCCAUCAAAGAAAUCAAAGAGGAGGAGGAAUUAUAAGUAGAGAUGUUGGAGUUUUUUUUUUUUUAGCUGUAUUAACGACCAUGUCUUUUUUUUCUUUCGUUGUUUAAUAGUGAAGUUGUGGUUUGUAACUGGGUACUGUUUUAGUACUGGACUUAUGUAUGGUUUUUUUUUUUUUUUUGGUCAAUGUAAAGAAUUGGUUUCAACUUUUGGCUUAAUAUAAAGCUUUUUUUAAUGUAUAUUAUUUUAAUGUGUAUGUUUUUUUAUUCAAUAGUGUUGGAUUUUUUUUUUUUUUAAAGUGUGAAGAUAUUGUGAUGUACAUGUUUUUUUUUUCAUAUAGGUUUCAAUUAUUAUUGUAUGAAGAUGGUGUAACCGGUUACUUCUGUGUUAGAUUGUAAAAGCUAUAUGUUUCAGGUAACUGGUUACUGUUUCUUUAGUUUUUAUUUCUAUUUUUUAAAUUAUUUUUUAUUUUUUUAUGUUUGUUGU